AUGAAGUGGAAGGAUAAAAGAGACGUCCUUUUGCUGUCCACAAAACACUCAGUGCGAUACCAAAAUGUCCGAAAACGUAACAAAGUUAUUUCUAAACCGAAAAUAGUCAUUGACUAUAACGGUGCUAAAGGAGCUGUAGAUAUGUCCGAUCAGAUGGCUGCUUACACAACUCCAUUGAGGAAAUCUAUAAAAUGGUACAAGAAGUAUGCAAUCAACCUUCUCCUGAACACAGCAGUGGUCAAUGCACUGGUUUUGUAUCAAAGCGUCAUCGGAAAGAAAAUACAAAUGGCAGACUUCCGGCUGGAAUUACUGAAGUCGUUUUGCAGCCAACAAGAUGUUCCAAUUGCAAGACCUAGAAGAAUGAUACACAAACUGCAACAAAAAGAAGGGCAAGCCAGGACAAGCAGGCGAGCAUGUGUGAAUUGUUACAAAAUUAAUGCAGCUACUUACGGUAGAAAGUUGGGCUAA